ACAUCGGUGUUUCACCUGAAACGGGUUCUGUGUAUUCUGGUCCGUGUUUGUGUCUCUGAUGAGGAGAAGCAGCUGGAUAACGAGGAACUCGAUGUCAUCGGUGAUGUGAAGAUGUUUACGUAGAGAAUUAAAGUUACGUGAAUAGUUUGUAGUCUCAGUUCUGAAAAUGAAAGCAAUAAUACAGUAAAGGUCAGUUUAAAAUCAAAAUGAACUUUUAUUCUUUCAUUAAUGUGGUUGCCCCCCCCCGGCGAUGCUGUCCAUGUGCUUGAACUGUUAAUGCAUGAGGACCGGUUCUGUCUGACUUCCUCCGACCAAAUGAAGUCAGUUCCGUCUCCAUUAUUUUUGCCACGCAGACGCCGCCAUGUUGGAGCCAGACGUCAGUGAUUCCGAGUCGGUCUGAGUCGUCGUUUCUAUGACAACCACUCACCAAUCAGCGGGCCUUGCCCAGCUGGAGAUCCUGUGUAAGCAGCUGUACGAGACCACCGACACCGCCGUCCGACACCAGGCCGAGAAAGCCCUGGUGGAGUUCACCAACAGCCCCGACUGUCUGAGCAAAUGUCAGCUGCUGCUGGAGAGAGGCAGCUCUUCAUACUCCCAGCUGCUCGCCGCUACCUGUUUAUCUAAGCUGGUGUCCCGGACCAGCAACCCCCUCCCUCUGGAGCAGCGCAUCGACAUUCGGAACUAUGUGCUCAACUAUCUGGCCACGCGGCCAAAGCUGGCGGCAUUUGUGACGCAGGCGCUGAUCCAGUUAUACGCCCGGAUCACCAAGCUCGGCUGGUUCGACUGUCAGAAGGAUGAGUACGUCUUCAGGAACGUCAUCGCCGACGUCACGCGCUUCCUCCAGGACAGCGUGGAGCACUGCAUCAUCGGCGUCACCAUUCUGUCCCAGCUCACAAAUGAGAUCAACCAGGCCGACACGACGCACCCGCUGACCAAACAUAGGAAGAUAGCGUCGUCCUUCAGAGACUCCUCCCUCUUUGACAUCUUCACGCUGUCAUGUAACCUCCUCAAACAGGCGUCGGGGAAGAACCUGAACCUGAACGACGAGUCGCAGCACGGCCUGCUGAUGCAGCUCCUCAAACUCAGCUACAAUUGCCUCAACUUCGACUUCAUAGGAACUUCCACAGACGAGUCGUCAGACGACCUCUGCACCGUACAGAUCCCCACGUCAUGGAGAUCAGCGUUUCUCGAUUCCUCCACACUGCAGCUGUUUUUCAAUUUGUAUCAUUCCAUCCCGCCGUCCCUUUCCCCGUUGGUGUUGUCGUGUUUAGUCCAAAUCGCCUCUGUCCGGAGGUCCCUCUUCAACAACGCUGAGCGAGCAAAGUUCCUGUCUCACCUGGUGGACGGCGUGAAGAGGAUUCUGGCCAACCCUCAGUGUCUGCCCGAUCCAAACAACUACCACGAGUUCUGCCGGCUGCUGGCCCGGCUGAAGAGCAACUACCAGCUGGGGGAGCUGGUCAAAGUGGAGAACUACCCGGAGGUGAUCCGCCUCAUCGCCAACUUCACCGUCACCAGCCUGCAGCACUGGGAGUUCGCCCCCAACAGCGUCCACUACCUGCUGAGCCUCUGGCAGCGCCUGGCAGCGUCGGUCCCUUACGUCAAAGCCACCGAGCCCCACCUGCUGGAGACCUACACCCCCGAGGUCACCAAGGCGUAUAUCACAUCACGCCUCGAGUCGGUCCACGUCAUCCUCAGAGACGGGUUAGAAGAUCCUCUGGACGACGCCGGUCUGGUGCAGCAGCAGCUGGACCAGCUGUCCACCAUCGGCCGCUGCGAGUACGAGAAGACGUGCGCGCUGCUGGUGCAGCUGUUCGACCAGGCGGCGCAGACCUACCAGGAGCUGCUGCAGUCCACCAACUCCAGCGCCGUGGACGUCACGGUGCAGGAGGGUCGGUUAACAUGGCUGGUGUACAUCAUCGGGGCGGUGAUCGGAGGACGAGUGUCCUUCGCCAGUACAGACGAGCAGGACGCCAUGGACGGAGAGCUGGUGUGUCGGGUGCUCCAGCUGAUGAACCUGACGGACUCUCGGCUCGCUCAGGCUGGGAACGAGAGGCUGGAACUGGCCAUGCUCAGCUUCUUUGAGCAGUUCAGGAAAAUCUACAUCGGAGAUCAGGUUCAGAAAUCAUCCAAGCUCUACCGGCGGUUAUCAGAAGUUCUGGGUUUGAACGACGAGACGAUGGUACUCAGUGUCUUUAUAGGGAAAAUCAUCACAAACUUGAAGUACUGGGGUCAGUGUGAGCCCAUCACCUCCAAGACGCUGCAGCUGCUGAACGACCUCUCCCUGGGGUACAGCAGCGUGAGGAAGCUGGUGAAGCUCAGCGCCGUCCAGUUCAUGCUCAACAACCACACAAGCGAACACUUCUCCUUCCUCGGGGUCAACAAUCAGUCCAACCUGAGCGACAUGAGGUGCCGGACCACCUUCUACACGGCUCUGGGGCGCCUCCUCAUGGUGGACCUGGGAGAGGACGAGGAUCAGUUUGAACAGUUCAUGCUUCCCCUCACCGCUGCGUUUGAAGCCGUCGCUCAGAUGCUGAGCACCAACACGUUCAACGAGCAGGAAGCCAAGAGGACACUGGUGGGUUUGGUGCGAGACCUGCGAGGAAUCGCCUUCGCCUUCAACGCUAAGACCAGCUUCAUGAUGCUCUUCGACUGGAUGUAUCCGGCCUACAUGCCCAUCCUGCAGCGAGCCAUCGAGCUCUGGUACCACGACCCGGCCUGCACCACUCCUGUCCUCAAGCUCAUGGCCGAGCUGGUGCACAACAGAUCCCAGAGGCUCCAGUUUGACGUUUCCUCGCCAAACGGCAUCCUGCUCUUCAGAGAAACCAGCAAGAUGAUCACUACCUAUGGGAACCGUAUCCUGACGUUGGGGGAGGUCCCGAAGGACCAGGUGUACGGCGUGAAGCUGAAGGGCGUGAGCGUGUGCUUCACCAUGCUGAAGGCCGUGCUCAGCGGGAACUACGUCAACUUCGGGGUGUUCCGCCUGUACGGCGAUGACGCUCUGGACAACGCCCUGCAGACCUUCAUCAAGCUGCUGCUGUCCAUCCCUCACAGCGACCUGCUGGACUAUCCCAAGCUGAGCCAGUCCUUCUACUCGCUGCUGGAGGUGCUGACUCAGGACCACAUGAACUUCAUCGCCAGCCUGGAGCCGCACGUGGUCAUGUACAUCCUGUCGUCCAUCUCUGAGGGCCUGACGGCGCUGGACACCAUGGUGUGCACCGGCUGCUGCUCCAGUCUGGACCACAUCGUCACCUACCUGUUCAAGCAGCUGUCGCGCUCCACCAAGAAGAGGCCCGCCGCCAUGGCGACGGACGACCGCUUCCUCCACAUCAUGCAGCAGCACCCGGAGAUGAUCCAGCAGAUGCUGUCCACGGUCCUCAACAUCAUCAUCUUUGAGGACUGCAGGAACCAGUGGUCCAUGUCGAGACCUCUGCUCGGCCUCAUCCUCCUGAACGAGAAGUAUUUCGCUGACCUGAGGAACAGCAUCGUGAACAGCCAGCCUCCGGAGAAGCAGCAGGCCAUGCACUUAUGUUUCGAGAACCUGAUGGAGGGGAUAGAGAGGAACCUGCUGACCAAGAACCGGGACAGGUUCACCCAGAACCUGUCGGUGUUCCGGCGGGAGGUGAACGACAGCAUGAAGAACUCCACGUACGGCGUCAACAGCAACGACAUGAUGAGCUGACAUUCCUCACAGCAGACUCUCACCUGGCUGCUGGCCCCGCCCCCGUCCCCCGCCCCGUUCCUCCCCCGUCUCUGCAUUCGCCUCCCUCUCCCCUCCCCGGGCCCGGACGCCUGGGGAUCCUCCCCCGCCCCCUGACGUGCCGCCGGUUCGACUCCCCGCCCCCUUUUUGAUAGAAGCAUAUAUAAAUAUAUACAGAUGUAUUCUAAAGCCAGUCUGCGCCUGAUUGGCUCCUUCACAGAGGGGGGAGGGAGGUGGGGGCGGGGGGGUUGCAUGUCUGAGCACUCGGUCACUGAAGGGAGAGUGUUGACACGGGAAGAGCGCCGGUAACCGUAGUAACCCGCUUCUGCCUGCCUUGUAUAGAAACACAAACCAAGUGUACAUUUUUUGGUAACAUUUUGAACAAUGUUUAUAAAUCCACUUUGAACCUGGGGGGCAGAACCGCGUGAUUGAGCUUUUUACAGUAGUGAGUUAGUGCAACGUGUCUGUGUGGGGGGCAGGUGAGGGCGGGGCCAGCAGAGGGGGAGGGGGUUCUCCUGAGGGUUCUGCUGCUUUUCCUCACCAGAACUUCUGAAGUUCUGUCCGUUUAGGAUGGGAAGAUGGCGAGCAGGAGCAUCAGAACACGUCCGGCGCCGCCUUCCUGACACUAGUGGGGCGGUUCAUCACAGACUAACUUCACGGAGCAGAGAGGAGCUGAGGAGACGAAGACUUUCCAGAACCGCUCCACCAGACCCGCUCCUCCUUCAGAACCGAUCCACCUCCAGAACCGCUCCAGGAACUGUUCUGCCAAAUUCCCCCCAGAAAAGCAGCAGAACCCCUCGUGCACGCGCCUCAAGCGCAGGCCUGCCGCUGCAUUACGUGUGAUGUAGCUCCGCCCCCUCCCUGGCUCCGGCGGGCCUGCUGUUGUUUACACUCUGGGCUCGGUUCUGGGACGGCCCCCUUCAGGUCCUGCGAGUCCUUCUGGUGUGUGUGUGACAGUGAACUCCAGGGGGAGCUCCGACCGCCACGGUUUGUGUGUCUGUGUUGGUGUGUGUGCGGCUGCGUGGAGGCGGGCCUGGGGGAGCCCGCCGUGGCCGGGCGGCGUCCGCCGGCGACAGACUCGCCGUGUUUCCGCGCUCACGUUGUUCCCGUUUGUGUCCCUGACGUGAAUGUGUCGGCUCCUCGGAGCGGGUCGCUGUUCGAGUCGCUGUUCGAGUCCUCUGGAUGUCUGCUACUAUAGUGUCAGCAUUGUGACUGCAAAUAAACCUCAUUGAUUUUUUGCUCCG